GUUUGCCCAUGCCUGGAAGCCGAGACACGUGUCUGCCCUUGACACGCGUCUGCUGCGUUCCCACGUGCCAGAUGGGGAGCCAGCUCUCUUUGGCCCCGCCCCUAACAGCCAGAAGGGGGCGUGGCUUGCCUCCCUCCCUCCUUUCAAAGGCAACGCGCCUCGCUUUCGCCUUCCUUUCCGCUUCUGUCCGCGGCUGGAGAAGGAAGAGGAAGAGGAAGAGGAAGCAGCAGCGCCAGCCAUCGAGGAAGAUUGUUGAGAGACAUCAGGUGUUGGCCAAGAUGCUGAAGAAGGCAAUGGCCAGCUUUGGCAAGAAGCUGAUCCGCCGGCGGACGGUGGACCUCUGCUCGCAGGAAACCAAACUCGCCCGCUGCCUCUCCACCUUGGAUCUGAUUGCCCUCGGUGUGGGCAGCACCCUCGGGGCCGGUGUCUACGUCUUGUCCGGAGAGGUGGCCAAAGACCAGGCGGGCCCCGCCAUUGUGAUCUGCUUCUUCAUUGCUGCCGUCUCCUCGGUUCUGGCUGGCCUGUGCUACGCCGAGUUCGGAGCCCGGGUCCCCAAAGCUGGCUCGGCCUACCUGUACAGCUAUGUUACCGUUGGGGAGAUCUGGGCCUUCACCACUGGAUGGAACCUCAUCCUCUCCUACAUGAUUGGGACAGCAAGCGUGGCCCGUGCCUGGAGCUCCACGUUCGACCACAUCAUUGGAGGCCACAUCUCCUCGUUCUUCCAGAACCACACCUCCCUGCACUUGGAAAAUGUCUUGGCUGAAUAUCCGGACUUCUUUGCCCUCUCCCUCGUUUUACUGCUCACGGGGUUGUUGUCGUUUGGCGUCAGUGAAUCUGCCCUGGUGAACAAAAUCUUUACAGCCAUCAAUUUGCUGGUCCUCAGUUUUGUCAUCGUGGCUGGCUGUGUGAAGGGGGACGUCAAGAACUGGAGCUUGUCGGAGGAGGAUUUCCAUAACCGCACUGACCAAUUCAUAGAGCCUGGAAAUAAACCGGGAUUUUUUGGGGAAGGUGGCUUUUUCCCCUUUGGUUUCCAGGGGAUCCUGUCGGGUGCAGCCACAUGCUUCUACGCCUUUGUUGGAUUUGACUGCAUUGCCACAACAGGUGAAGAAGCCCGGAAUCCGCAGAGGUCCAUCCCGAUCGGCAUCAUCGUCUCCCUCCUCAUCUGCUUUGUGGCCUACUUUGGCGUUUCGGCUUCACUGACCCUGAUGGUGCCCUACAUUCUGGUGAACAAGGAGAGCCCGCUGCCUGAUGCCUUCAAGUCGGUGGGCUGGGAGCCGGCCCGCUAUGUGGUUGCCAUUGGCUCGCUCUGCGCCCUUUCCACAAGCUUGCUGGGCUCCAUGUUUCCCAUGCCGCGUGUGAUCUACGCCAUGGCGGAGGACGGACUGCUCUUCCGGUUCCUCUUCCGGGUGCACAGCCGGACCAAGACACCUCUGGUGGCCACAGUGGUGUCUGGCAUCAUCGCUGCCCUGAUGGCUUUCCUCUUUGAGCUGAAGGACCUGGUCAACCUCAUGUCCAUCGGUACCCUCUUGGCAUACUCCCUCGUGGCUGUUUGCGUACUCAUCCUCAGAUACCAGCCUGAGAUGAUCACCAACUCCAGGGAUCUGGAGAUGCUGGAGGUGAAUGGAAGUGAAGAAGAGAAGGUCAGCAUGAACCGUCCAGCUGGCGAGAGCCAAACUGUCUUGAAGAAGAUCACCUGGAGGUCCCUUUUCUGCCCCGAAGCAGACAGCCCAACGCACCUCUCAGGGCGCAUCGUUUACAUCAGUAGCACCAUCAUUUCUAUCAUGAUCACUGCCCUGUGUGGCAUUCUAGCACAAAAAGGGUUGGCUCUCUUGGAAGGCGACAUCGGCUGCAUCGUCGCCUGCGUGGUUCUCCUCAUCAUUUCCCUUUUUUUCACCAUUGUCAUCUGGAGGCAGCCGGAGAGUAAGGCAGAGCUCACUUUCAAGGUGCCUGGCUUGCCCCUGCUUCCACUUUUCAGUAUCUUGGUGAAUGUCUAUCUCAUGAUGCAGCUGGACGCAGGAACGUGGGUGCGAUUUGCUGUCUGGAUGGCCAUCGGCUUCGCCAUCUAUUUUGGCUAUGGGAUCCAGCACAGCCAGGAAGGAGAGGCUGCCCGACAGUAUUCUGCCGCUGUCACCAAACCUCUGAAUAGUGCCAAUUCUGACUUGAGCCAGGACAGAGAGAUAUGAGGAAGAGAAGGGGAAUCUUCCUUUGCGCUCACUGUGGUGCCCUUGAGUUCUUGUCUUGUCACCUCUUCCUUUGCUCCACGUAUCGAUACCAGAAUCCUGGGCAGGGUUAUAUAGUCCCUCCCGCAAGGUACAGUAAACUUGCAUCCAGGAUCGCCCUGCAAGGGAAGCCACUAAUGCCAACACGGAGCAGGAGGUGGGCCAGACUCAAGGGCCCAGCCUUGACCCUGCUGGCAAGGCUCAGAAAACCAAUGCAGGGCUGACCCUAGGCGCAUAAUCCCAUUCCCAAGGCCUUCCUGCGGGGAGCCAACACCAAGCAGCUAAGCUGCCCAAACAGCCCAAUGUCUGUAUUUAUUGUUUGGCCAGAAGUUGCCUUUCUUGUGUCUUAAGACGUACAUGGAUGUGUCAGAUAUCUGUCCAAAAUUGGAUCUCAAAACUGUGGGGCUAGAAGCCUUUUUUUUUGUUUGUUUUCCUUUUUAAAAAUAUUGUUUGUAUAUUGUUGUGAGAAACAUUAUGUGUUUUGUACAGUUACCACUCCAAAGGACCUUUUUU